GACUUAAGUCGAGUCUGUCAGACUAGAUAAUCAAACUUACACCUUAGUACAAGAAAUGGGAUCAGGAUGCCUGCUUCCGACCCGAAAAAAGUAAUUCAUGGAAUGGUUCCAUGGAUGGUAAUUAUGCGAUCGACUUGCUGAACCGACCCGUGAAAUGGUGAAAGGACUUACUAGGAAAAGCAUCUUCUAGCAUGCAGAACUAACUGGCAGCAUCGGAAUAGUUCUGUUUCUGCUUUCUCCGGUGCUGAGAGCUCUUCACAGUUCAUCACUCCUCAGAAGACAUGGAAACAAGAGCAGAGUCCUCGGUUUUCGUCGGGGUGGUUCUACUCGGCAUUUUGUCUUCUGUGUGCGGGCUGCUCUCUCCUCUGGGUGUCAACUAUGAAGUGGUAGCUUUGAUGGGCAUAAAGUACGCAUUGGAGGACCCGCAUGGCGUGUUGGACAACUGGGAUGAAACUGCAGUUGAUCCUUGUAGCUGGAGCAUGGUCACUUGUUCUCCUGAUGGUCUUGUCAUCAGUUUAGGAACUCCGAGCCAAAGUCUCUCCGGAAGUCUCUCGCCGAGUGUCGGGAACUUGACAAAUCUUCAGAGCCUGCUCCUGCAGGACAAUGACAUAUCAGGACUCAUCCCUCCGGAGCUCGGGAGGCUUUCGAAGCUUCGUACACUCGAUAUCUCUACCAACUCCUUCACUGGUAAGAUCCCCACGGAGCUGUCCGAUCUCAGGAGCCUCCAGUACUUGAGAAUCAACAAUAACAGUUUAUCUGGUGAAAUUCCUCCAUCUCUUGCUAAUAUGUCCCAGCUAGUCGUCCUGGACUUGUCGUACAAUAAUUUAAGUGGUCCAGUUCCUAGCCUCCGAGCCCACACAAUCAACAUUGCUGGAAAUCAACUGAUAUGUGCUGACGGAGCUAAGGAAGAAUGCAAGGGAACGACUUUGAUGCCGUUCUCCUUUUCGUUAAAUAACUCACAAACCUCCCGUCCCUCCUCGAGAUCAAAGACCCGCAAGAUUGCAUUGGCCUUUGGUACAACUCUCAGCUGCAUCUGCGUAAUUGCUCUCACCUUCAGUUUCAUCAUCUGGUGGAGGAGACAACAUAACAAGCAAAUAUUCUUCGACGUAAAUGAGCGGCAUUACGAGGAUAUCUCCCUCGGCAACUUGAGAAAGUUCCACUUCCGGGAACUUCAGGCCGCUACAGGCAACUUCAGCAGCAAGAACUUGAUCGGGAAAGGUGGCUCUGGGAACGUCUACAAGGGGUACCUCCAAGAUGGCACAGCAGUUGCUGUUAAGAGGCUUCGUGAUGGAGAUGCAAUUGGAGGCGAAAUCCAAUUUCAGACUGAAGUUGAGAUGAUCAGCUUAGCUGUUCACAGGAAUCUCCUCCGCCUCUAUGGUUUCUGUAUGACUGCGACAGAGAGAAUUCUUGUUUACCCGUACAUGGCCAAUGGCAGUGUUGCCUUCCGUCUCAAAGCCAAGCCAACUCUGGAUUGGAGCACAAGAAAAAGGGUUGCUCUUGGUGCCGCUAGGGGCUUACUGUACUUGCAUGAGCAAUGCGACCCAAAAAUUAUACAUCGGGAUGUGAAAGCUGCAAAUAUAUUGCUCGAUGAGUACUAUGAGGCAGUGGUGGGAGAUUUUGGCUUGGCAAAACUGUUGGAUCAUCGAGAUUCUCAUGUGACCACUGCUGUGAGAGGCACAGCAGGACACAUUGCUCCCGAGUAUCUAUCAACAGGCCAGUCCUCGGAGAAGACUGAUGUGUUUGGGUUUGGGAUUCUUUUGCUCGAAUUAAUUUCAGGGCAAAGAGCUUUUGAGUUCGGAAAAGCAGCAAAUCAGAGAGGGGCCAUGCUGGACUGGGUAAGGAAAAUUCACCUGGAGAAGCAGAUCGAAUUGCUGGUUGACAAGGACUUAAAGGAUAAUUACGACCGCAUCGAACUUGAAGAACUGGUGCAAGUGGCCCUUUUGUGUACACAGUAUCUUCCAACCCACAGGCCUAAGAUGUCGGAAAUUGUACGAAUGCUCGUGGGAGAUGGGCUUGCAGAGAAAUGGGAAGCUUCUCAGAGGGCAGAGGCAAAUAAGUGCAGAACCGCUUAUGAGUUCUCCUCUUCUGAAAGAUACUCCGAUCUUACCGAUGACUCUUCGUUGCUUGCCCAAGCAAUGGAACUUUCUGGUCCAAGGUGAUAUGCACAUAUCUCACGGCUAGAGGGUGAGUGGGAACAAAAAUGAUGAUCACUAUGGAAGAAUGUGGAAAGUACAUAAGUCUAUUGUAUACUAGCAUUGGAACGAUAACUGAUUGCGCCGAAGUUCUUUUUUGAGAUUUCUAUUAUUUCCAAAGUGAAUGUAUAGUCCAUUUCUAGAAAGCGAGUGAGGGACUGUAACAAACUGCAUCUCUGUUAAGAGUGCUGAAAUCUUUUCCGCAAUGAACAUUUCUCUAUGCCCUGGCUGAUCGGAUGUGAUGGCCAAGGUGAUUUAAAUUCUUCCA